GUUAUUUCAUGAACGUUAUAAAGGAUCUCUCAAGAUAUGAAAGAUCACAUGUUUUGUACACAUCAGCUUUCAACGUGUGUAACGUGAGUGUUUGAUCAACUACUACGUUAACAUCCAACACUAUAAAUAGUAAUUUUGCGAUUGCAAUAAGUCACAACACUCGACACAAAAGCAAAAACAAAAAUGGGUGAGAAAGAUAUUCCAAGGAACUUGAAGGAAGAAGAAGAAGAAGAAGAAGAAAACCAAAGUGAAGAAACCAAAAGUUUGAUCUCUUCACUUCCUUCAGACAUAGAUUGCUCAGGGACCAAGUUGUACAAGUACCAAGGAUGUUGGUACGACAAAGAUAUUCUCCAAGCAAUCCUCAAUUUCAACAAAAACUUUCAGCCACAAGAAACGGAUAUAAUUGUUGCUUCUUUCCCCAAAUCGGGUACGACUUGGCUCAAGGCACUCACAUUCGCACUCGCGCAAAGAUCAAAACACACUUCAGACAAUCAUCCUCUGCUAACUCAUAAUCCUCAUGAGCUAGUGCCGUACCUCGAGCUCGAUCUUUAUCUCAAAAGCUCGAAACCGGAUUUGACCAAGUUGCCAUCAUCAUCUCCGAGAUUGUUCUCAACCCACAUGUCCUUUGAUGCGCUUAAAGUACCGUUGAAAGAGUCUCCUUGCAAGAUCGUGUACGUGUGCAGGAACGUGAAAGACGUAUUGGUAUCACUUUGGUGUUUCGAAAACUCCAUGAGUGGAGAAAACAAUUUAAGUCUCGAGGCUUUGUUCGAGUCUUUAUGUAGCGGAGUUAACUUAUGCGGUCCCUUAUGGGAAAAUGUGUUAGGCUAUUGGAGAGGAAGCUUGGAAGAUCCUAAGCAUGUGCUUUUCUUGAGGUACGAGGAGUUGAAGACGGAGCCUCGUGUGCAAAUCAAGAGACUUGCAGAGUUCUUAGAUUGUCCAUUCACAAAGGAAGAAGAAGAUAGUGGAGGUGUAGACAAGAUCUUGGAACUUUGUUCUCUAAGAAACCUUAGCGGUUUGGAGAUCAACAAAACAGGAAGCUUGUCGGAAGGAGUAAGUUUCAAGAGUUUUUUCCGUAAAGGGGAAGUUGGUGAUUGGAAGAGUUAUAUGACUCCUGAAAUGGAAAACAAAAUCGACAUGAUUGUUGAGGAGAAACUUCAAGGCUCUGGUUUGAAAUUGUAGAGUUCAUAUCUCUAUGUAUAUGUGUGGGAACAGGUUUAAUCUCAAACCUAAUAAUGCUGGUUUGUUCUUUUCUUGUAUGCAAUGUAAUAAAAGUUACUUUGAUGUAAGGUUAAGAGUUUAAGAUUCUUAGUGAUGUGUUGUUGUUUUUGUUUCGUUUGAUAAUGAAUAAAGCUAGCGGCUUUUCUUCUUCGCCAAGGCAUA